AUCGCUUCUCUUCAUUCGAAUCUGGUAUUCGCAAGUGUCUGGUACUUUACAAUCAUUUCCACAACUUUUCUUUACAACGUCAAAUCUACAAUCUCUUUAAAAACAAUCUCUCAACAACAAACAACAAUCAUUCAAGAUGAAGUUCACCACCGUCGCUCCUCUCUGCCUUGCGGGCUGCGCCCUGGCAUACCCUACUCGCACCGAGGAAAAGAGACAGGAUCUCUCUGACCUCAAGAACCUCAUUCCUUCCGGUCUGACCCUGCCUACCGGCCUGACCCUUCCUUCGGGCUUGUCUGGCCUCACUUUGCCGACCGACCUCUCCGACCUCUCUGACCUGCUCAAGAAGCGCCAGGAGUCGGAGGGUCUCACCCUCCCUUCGGGCCUUUCCCUUCCUUCGGGCCUGUCCAUUCCCUCGGGCCUGCUCCCGUCCAACCUUCCUGCCCCCACCGGCACCAGCGGAGGAGGAGGUCUGCCCGACCUGUCCGACCUGACCGACGCUCUGCCCUCCGGGCUCUCGAAGCUGUCCAACCUCUUCGAGCGCCAGCUCGGCGAGGAAUCUGGCUCCUCUGGCUUUCCUUCGGCAUCGGGCCUGCCCUCUCUCGGUGGCGCCUCGGGAGGCUCUUCCCCAUUGGCCUCCCUCAGUGGCUCCGCCGAAGGCGCCGAGUCCUCCUCCGGCUCGACCCCUUCUCUCGGCGGCCUCGCCCCGUCCUCCAGCGGCGGCCUUUCUAGCCUCCUCGACAGCAGCGGCACCUCGACCGGCUCGGGAGCCAGUGAAUCCGCCAACCCUCUCGAGGGCUUCAACUCCUUCCUGCAGUCCCUGGCCAGCGACAUCCCCAAGUCCUCCGGUAGCUCCGGCUCCGGCGCCGACCUGUUCAGCCAGCUGCCCGAGUUCCUGAAGUCCAUCUUCAACACGGGCAGCAGCGUCAGCGGCUCCUCCUCCUCUUCCAGCGGUCUGGGCAGCUCCCCUGAGCCCAGCGUCAGCGAGCCCACCCCCAGCUCCGGCGCUGUGUCCGGUGCUUCCGCCCUCUUCCCCGGCUCCCCUAACAUCCCCGCCGGCUCUGCUGCCCCGUCUGCCAGCGCUGCCCCUGCCGCGGGUGCUUCCGGUCUGCCUUUCAAGGGUUAAAUUGGCAUUGCCAUUGACCAAUGACCCUGUGCUGUGGGGCUGUCUUCAGCACAACCCCAGCACAGGGUAGGGCCACAGACUACGCUGGAUGGAUACCGUCACGAUGGUUAACC